AGCAGGACUCCAUGUGAAAACAUUCAGAAUUAUCUUACAAAAACCUAAACUAACUUUUACUCAUUUUAACCCUCCCCGUUGGGAUUGAGUCAGAUCGAAGUAGUGUGAUAGAAACAAAACCAGGUAAACUUUUGGAAGCGCUCGAGUGUGGUGUAAUUUUCGGUAGGCAACGCGGGGUGUGGACGCAGCCGAAUCAGAUGACGAGCCCAUCGUCGUUCAUCGAUUAGGGGUGUGAACAAUCCAGCUUUGAAAAUGCCCGCAAAAAUCUUCCCUGCUCUUUUUCUAACUCGCAAAAACCUCCGUCCGCGUUGGUUCGAAAACUAGGCGGGCAAUUUCCAAGACAUGGACAACUGCACCAAAACCAGGCCAAACGCGGCAAACCUGGCACCAAGUGUCCUAAUUCGCACGUUCGCGACGCGAGCGUGCGUUUUGCGCUGUUUGGUGAAAGAGUGCUUAUUUGCUGACGUGUUUGGCCUCUUGUUGCGGCUCUCGUUAGGCAGCUCUGGUGUAGCGGUCGGCGCUGGGCUUGUCCCCACUUAGUGCGACUCAAAUUGUCGCAAAUGUAUCCAAAGGCACCUCCAAACUCGUCUCGUUUUUUCUCUCGGAAAAGGCAGGCAAAAAAUGAGACGCCAAACACAGAGAAAAAACGAGAAAAAAAACAAGACAAAAAACGAAAGGAAAAACGAGAGCGCAGCAUGCGGAUUAAGGGCCACCAAAUGAGACCCAUUUUUAGCGCGCCACACCUAGAGAGAAAACGAGACCAAUUUCUUGCGCAAUUUCGAGCGCAGUUCUGUAUAGAAUUUGCGCACGAAGUUGCGCAGCAGCAGAGUUGGCAACUAGGGCAGCAGCAAGGCGCCUGAUUUGUUGCUGCGGUGAGGCAGUAAAGGAGCGCGGCAACUGGGCCACCAAAAAAAGGCCGCGAAAAGGGUGAGACAGCUCAAAGCGCUUAUUUCGCGCGUUCGGGCCGCGCGCGCUCGAUUUACGUUGUUUGCAGUUGGGCGCGUGGUCUUUUCGCGGAUUAUCUGCGGAUGACGCGGACCGUGGCGGGACUGCAAGAGAUCGAAGUGCGAAGAUAAGGGCCUGGCUUCUGCAUGAAAAUUGUGGGCAGGUCAGAUUUUUACGGCUAAAAAGCCGGCUGGAUUGUUUUCGCCUCUAAAUCGAUCAGACCUAGGGUUUUGAUAGGGUGGAUAAGGGAAUAAACGCCAGCUUUUAUUCAGUGUCGCAGCCCUAGCCCGCCGACUCGGGAAGAGCAAUCAUGUCGGCGUCAUUAUGGCAAGUGCUGGGUCGGUCAAUGCUGUGCUUGCACGGCCUCUCCGACUGGACAGCGUGGUCUAGUGGGACGGUAAGAGCCGUUCAGGAAACACGACAGACGAGCAAGAGUCGCUUUUUACGUGCGACUAAGGAGCAAAGUGUACUAAAGGGAAUAGGAGCAGACACGGAAGCCGCGGUUGGUGCUGUCGAGGGUAAGAAAGCUACCAGAAAAAGCGGGAUAGCGAAAUCUUCGUCCUCUCCACCACGCAAGGCACCACGGCAAGUUCGUUCGUCGCUACGAGGUCGAAAACGCUCAACCGCGUUGGAAGGAUCUUCAUAUGACGUUCAGGAGGCCGCCUCUGCAUUCUCGUCUCUGUCGGAGUCGUCAAUCAUAGCAGGGAUCGAGGAUACUAGCCGCGGUGACGAAAGUUCGGUUGUAACAACGGCGAGAGACCAAGCUUUGCUGGAGAGGACAGCACUGCGGAAAGCAGGGCUGCAGCAGGAACAGCAGCAGCGAUCCAAAAUAGAACUGAGGAAGAGGUUUUUGGAAUCUGCGCAAGACGUCGAGCAGCUAGAGAUCAUAGACGUGGACGACGAGACUUUCGACGACGACGCUCUUGCGGAGCAUAUGUGGACGCUCUAUCGGAAGCAGUGGGAAGAGCUCGGCGGGGGAC